CGCUGAACAGAUCACAGUCAACCGCGACCGACCACAGAAGCCACUGACGACAACAACACCGUCACUACACUACACGUUUAAGAAUUUCCAUCCACACAACAUGUCCAGAACACUGAUCGUUUUCGCGGCUUUUGCCGUGGCCACCGCCUUGGCUGUCUACAAGGAGCCCGGAUACCCUUCGACUGCACCUUCCUACUUAUCGCAUUCAGCACUUUCUUACUCAUCGCAUUCAGCACCUUCCUAUGCAUCGCACUCAGCACCUUCCUAUUCAUCGCACUCAGCACCUUCCUACUCAUCGCACUCAGCACCUUCUUACUCAUCGCAUUCAGCACCCACAUACUCACCCUACUCGGCCCCGGCAUAUCACGCCGCUCCGGCUUACGCAUCGUAUCCAGCGCCCACUUACCCCGUGGCCCCGGCAUAUCCGGCUGCUCCAGCCUACCCAGCCGCUCCGACCUACCCGGCUGCUCCAGCCUACCCGGCAGCUCCAGCCUACCCAGCAGCUCCAGCUUACCCGGUAGCUCCAGCCUACCCGGCAGCUCCAGCCUACCCGGCAGCUCCAGCAUACCCGGCAGCUCCAGCAUACCCGGCUUACCCGUCAUAUCCUACCGCACCAGCUCACCAAGCCUACCAAGCAGCGCCGGCUUACCACGCCGCGUCCGCUUACAGCAGCAAACCGGCAGCGUACCACUCCGCUUCAGCUUACAACAAACCGGCUCAGUACUCGGCUCCCAAUCCGUACGCCGCCGCCGCCGCCGCCUACACAUCGUCCCCGUCCCCGUACAACUUCCAAUACAGCGUUAACGACGCGCACACCGGCGAUGCCAAGAGCCAGAGCGAGUACGCUGACGCCAGCGAAUACGUGAAGAGCACCUACAACUUUGCGGACGCGGAAGGAAGCAAGCGCACCGUGGACUACACCGCCGACGACCACAGUGGUUUCAACGCGGAAGUCAAGAAGGACGGCGGAUACGUUUCGUCUACAUACAAGCCCGACUACUGAUGGCCGUCGAAAGUCGCUCAAGUCCCGUUCGACUAACGAUAUUGUAAUACUAUAAUAUUGUAGCGCCGCCGUCACGCGCGUCGCAUAAUUUCGUCACCAUAUACCGCAUUUCUAGUGCGGUUAUCGUCGGCCGUCACCGUAGUCGCGGUUCAAAUACCGCGGCGCACAGUUGUGAUGGUUCGCACAUUAUAUUAUUACAACGCGAUACGUUGUCGUCCUCUUACUACCUAUUGAUGUUGUACCGUUGUAAUGAUAUGUUUUUGUAAAUAAACUCCGUAUACGUUUAGUAACUAAUAAAUUCGUUGUUAUAUUAUCAUAUA